AUGCAAGCCAACGCUACCCCCACCACGAGCUCUGCAAUUCCCUAUGCUCCUCCGUACGGGUGGCAGCCGAUCUUUUCUCCCAACACUAUGAUGGUCUCAACUUCGAAUUGCCCGCCUGUAAUGGAACACCCGCCUAGGCUUGUGAAUGGCAAACAUCCCGCUGGAGUUAUUUGUGAAGUUAAUCAGAAUGUGGCUAUCGUGGAGAAACGCUCGCCUGCCGGGACGGUUUACAUCCCAAUCCAACGAUACCUUUCUUUCGCCUGCGCGAAGUUUCAUCAUCGGAAGGAAUCCAAUAAUGAGUAUACACUCGGAGACAUAUACCUAGCCAUAAUGUCCGAGCCCGGAUAUGUGGGGGCGAAACAAUGCAUUUCGCCCCUUUUCUCCCGGCUGCAGACCCAGCUGAUGGAUGGCACUUUUGCCUGUAGCGAACAGGGGCAAUUCACGCAGCUUCUGAUCUACCUACAUCAACCUAUCAAAAUCCGCAGGCAAGGGGCCAAUAUUGUCUCUCCCGAGGGCCUAGACGAGCUCGAAGACGCAAGAUUUGAGCAUUUGAUUCCCAAUUAUAUCGAAGAUCGGGGUUUUCGUGGAUACUACUGGAUGUACAUCUCCUUGCCUGCCUUUGGUGGUUAUGUACUCAACACGAUGGGAACCCCCGAGCAUCUCCUGCACUUGUUCAGAUCGGGGUAG